AUGAUUAAAUACAAUAAAGCUUCAUUUCAUGACAAUAGCUUGGAAUAAUCAUUUCAUUUUCCGAGUUUCUCAUAAUUAAUCAAAAUUAAAGAUGAAGCUUUUUGCAAUUUUUAUUUUAGUUUUAUCCGUUUCUUCUGUAUGGACCGAGGGUGAAGUACCGCCAGAACAGCCUGCGCCCGAACAACCAGCACCAGUACCAGAACAGCCAGCACCGGUACCAGAGCAACCAGCGCCAGUACCCGAGCAGCCAGCGCCCGAGCAGCCAGCACCUGUACAGCCAGCACCAGAACAACCAGCACCAGCACCAGUACCAGAGCAACCACAACCAGCACCAUCUCAGCCCGAACAACCACAACCAACACCGCCAUCAAAUGCUGUUGAGUUGGUUCAAGCAACUUCAAGAUCUACUGAAAUCGGUUCACUUUCUGAUGCACCUGAAAUAUCUCAUGAAUACUCUGACUUUCGCAUGUCCAUUGACCAUUCUUUGGGCAGUCUUUCGGUUCGAAUUGCUGAUUGGCAGGCAUCAAUGUUUGAACACAUUCAAAACACUUUGACUCCACUAUUAUCCCAAUGGAAUGCAUUCAAGGUUUCAAUUAGAAACAAAGUGUCUACCGAAGAAGUUGUUAUGCGAACUUCCGAUGUCAACCAUAGCAAGGGACUGCUUCAACAACAGGUCACCUUAUUGAAAGAGGCUUUGGCUACUGGUAAUAACAUUGAAGAUAAUCUCGUGAAAAUGGAGGAGCAAAUAAAUAGAUGGAGGGAUGACAUUAAUAUCAAUGCUGAAGGGGCACGAAGUGUUGAGCGCAAGACAAGCAUGCAAGCUUCCCUUGAAACCAUGGUCAGCUCUGCUCGAAACAAGAUCAAGGACAGUAAAUCUACCAUUCAGAAGCUUUUCCAAAACCAUUAUUACAACAUUGAUAAUGAUCGAUUGAGAAUCAAUGGACAGAUUGAUGCAGUCAACUUGGAAUCCAAAUCAAGUUUGAGUCAGCUCAUUACUGAAGUACAAAUGACCAACAAUUCAGUGUCAAACAGAUUGGCCCAAGAAGCCAACACAUUCCAAGAGCUGAUUGAUACAACUGUGGCUCAGCUUCGACAUCAUUUGGAUACCGACUUGAUGGCCGUUGAUCGGGAAAAGAUUGUCAACCAUCUUGAUGAAAGGUCUCUGCAGUUGGAUGAAAAUUUGUUCAUCGCUCAUUCCGAGAAUCAAAUAGCUUUGGACAACUUUGUUCGUGGUCUUGUUCAAGACAUUCAAAACAGCAUCUAUACUUUUGAGAAUGAAAUGAACGUCAUCAAACAGCGAUUUGAAUCAUUGACAUCAGUCAACAAAGCCAGAGCCAACAGGUUGAGCAUUCAAACAUACAAAACCUUGGAGCCAGUCGAAAGUCUAUUCUCAUCUUUGUCCAAAAAGUUGCAAAGAAACAUUGACAAUAUGAAAUUUUAGAAGCCAAAACUUUAUUUUAAAGUUUUAAUUUCACUGACAAAAAUUAAUAAAUAAUAAAAAAUUAAA